AUUUUCUAACCUUAAAAGGUGUCGCUUUUAUAUAGUGUGGCCGAUUAUUUCUCUCACGGUGUAAACAACGAUUUUUAACGACUUUUCAAGCCUCCUUUUUACUACAAAGAAGCAUUGAAUGAACGUAUUUCCAUAAAAACGAACAGACAUGUCUGAUGAUUUAUUGGCAAAGGAGAAGGAGUUCUAUCGACUGAAUCGUGAUCUUCAGCUAAAGACGCGCGAUGUAAUGAAGACCGUUGAUUCAAUCAUACAUGCCCGUACCGAAAAUUUAUUUAACGAUGCAAAUCCAAAUUUGGAAGAUGCAAAGGCUGCGCGCUUAGGAGAUACGACACUAAGGAUAGAUAAACAAUUAAGAACAUCGUCAAUUAAAGUCUCUGAAGCUCCAUCGGUAGAAUGUAUCGACGACACUGAAAUUCCAAAGAAAGAUAGUAACGUCGGAAAUAAAGCUGUUAUCACUUUGCUCAAGGGCAAGAUAGAUAUGCUGUAUAAAAAGUUACAAACGAUGCAACUCGAGUACAACAAUAAGUGCGAUUAUUGCAAAGAAUUAGAGGUGGAGAAGAAGAAGCUUGACGACGCUCAAAUUAAACUGCGUAAUCAGAUAGAAACGUUAAACGAUACAGUUACAAAGUUGGAACGGGUAAAUUCGGAUACGCUAUCAGACUAUCAAGCUCUGAGCAACGAAAAUAUUGUCUUGAAGAAGGACUUGGAAAGUUUUAAGAAAGAGAUAAGAACGUUGAAUCAACAGUCAACCAAUCUCGAUGUGAGAUUAAACAGAUCUCUAGAAAGCAACGAGAAACUCAAAAGUGCCUUAAAGUGCAGCCAGAUAGAAGAGAAGGAAUUAAGAAAUCAAAUCAGAAAGUUACAAGACGAUAAGAGAUUAGCUGUAAAGAAUUUGGAGAAACAACGGUCGGAAUUGGUGCAAGCAUUUAAGAAACAGACGCUACUCAUAGAUAAUUUGAAGAAACAAAACAUACAUUUGAUGGCAAAUGGGCAAAUCACCUUAACGAAAGAAGACUUUGCGAAGUUAUUAGAGUGGAAACCUCAGAAAGUCACUGAUGUAUCGUAAUAGCGUUUAUGGUAAUAUUGUUCCUAGUCAAUCUACAUCCCGGGACCAUUUCUAAAUGUCCCCUUUUCGGGGACACUUUGUAUAAAACAUUGAUCGAAUGACUGUAACUUAUGUACUGUACAAAAGAUGAAAUUAAUCCCAUUUUAUAGCUACUUAUAUUUUACAGUAUUAUAUAUUACAGCACAAAUCAGAUUUGAUAUACAUCUUUUUAUAGAAAGCGUGUAUGUAUUUAUUUCACAUAUCAAAAUCAAGUACUAUCGAAUCGAAAUAUUUAAUGCUUCAUCAAUAAAGACUUACAUUCGUGAUUCAUCAGAUAUUGUUAUUUCUUUUAUUAAUAAUUCUGCGAACAUUUAUAUUUCAUGUUUCUGUUCCAUUCCAUAUGCAUACGUGUGUUUACUGUGUUUACAGCAAUUCAUUGACUUUAUAUAAAAUAGCAAAUGCAUAUCUGACUAAAUAGACCGUAUAAGGAUUUGCAGAUUUUUUUCAACAUAUCCAAUAAGUAUAAGUGAAUAUUCUACUACGGUAGACAGGCAGCAGAUUGGUAUCAAAUGUAUCCGCAUUAAACUUCUACU